AUGAGAACUCAUACAGCAACAAAAAUAUUCUCCUGUCCUGAAAUAAAUUGCUCCAAAUCAUUCAUUUCAAAUGACCUCCUACGCAGACAUUUACGAAAUACGCAUAGUAACAAAGAUUUUAAUUGUAAUAAAUGUGAGAAGACCUAUAAGUCACUAACCGCCCUGAAAAAACACGAGAGGAUUCAUGAUGCAAUAAAAAGAUUUGUAUGUGAAGUAUGUCAACUGGGCUUUGAUAUAAGCGAGCAGUACAAAAUCCACAUAAGACAGCAUAAACAGAUCCAACCUUAUCAGUGUCGUAUUUGUAAAAAAAAUUUUACUUCAAGAUCUGUUUGUCGUCGGCAUCGUCAGACAAUUCAUAAAGAUCGUAACGAUGACACAAAUAUGGAAGAUGAUGUAUAA